AUGCAAGCAGUCUCACAAAAGAUGGAGACGCCUGAAAAGGGCUCAUUCUGGCUCCCGAAUGCCUUCUUCUUUGCCUUGAUCCAUCUCGGUGCUCUCCUCGGAGGAAUCUAUCUAUCGCCUCCGAGUACUCUUUGCAAGCAGACUAUUAUCCUUACCAUUCUCUGCUGGCAGCUCCCGUGCUUUGGGCAAGUCUACUUUUUUAGGGGAGUGGGAAACAUUGAGACUAACGCGCUCCCGUCGUCAACGGGUCGCCUCUAUAGCAUCACCAUUGGCUACCAUAGGCUCUGGUCUCACAAGGCCUUUCGUGCCGUCAAGCCCGUUAGGUUUGUGCUGGCCAUUUUUGGUACCAUGGCAUUCCAGGGUUCCAUCAAAUGGUGGGUUCUGAGACACCGUCUACAUCACCGGUUCACAGAUGACCCCGUUCACGACCCGUACGUCGUCUGGUUUGCCUUUGUCGUCAACCUUGACGUUUGUCUGACCUUGUCCAACGCCAGCUAUGCCGCGACGCGUGGCCUGUUCUUCUCCCACAUGGGCUGGAUCUUUCGCAAACCGACGUAUACCAAGCUGCCCCUGAUCGAAAAGGACGAUCUCGACCGGGACCCUAUCGUCCGAUUUCAGCACAAGUAUUAUGUGCCGCUCGCGCUCUUUACCGGUCUUGUUCUGCCUACGAUGAUCGCGGCUACGUGGGGUGACGCAAUGGGUGGAUAUAUUUGGGGAGGAUUGGUUGGCCGAGUUUUGGUCUGGCAUUGCACUUUCCUGGUUAACUCGUUGGCCCACUGGGAAGGCUUGCAGCCCUAUACGGAUGAAAUUACCGCGAGAGGGAACCUCAUAAUGGCCAUGCUCACAUGCGGAGAGGGAAAUCAUAAUUUUCACGCAUUUCCUCAUGAUUUCCGAGCGGGCCCGAACAUUCUCGACUGGGAUCCAUCCAAAUGGAUUAUCACUAUGCUUUACAGGCUCGGCCUUGCUACAGGACUUCGCAAGGCGCAUCCAGAGGAUAUCAAGGCGGCUCAGGCAUGGAUCUUGUCUCAUCACCACGAGCCAUUCCCCGCAUCUGCCAACGACGAGGCCGAGACCGACUCGGCAGAGAGCACAGACGAGGUCGUACUUGCUAAAUGGAGCUUGAAUGAACUCAACAAGCAAGCUAAGCAACGCGGUUGUCUUCUCGUCAUCGAUGGGUUUGUUGUAGACGCUUCGAGUUAUGUUGGAGAUCACCCCGGAGGUUCGGUUUUCCUGCGACGAUAUGCGGUACCGAAAGAAGGUGCACGCACCAGUGAGGAAUGGCGCAAAGCGACAUGGGCGUUCCAAGGAGGGAUGAACGUCCACUCACGAAUUGCAAAAAGGCGCAUGAUGUCGAUGAGGGUAGCAGAGUUAAUGGAAUAG